GCGGUGUGGUGUGGUCAACAGUGGCCUCUUCAUUAUGUUCAUUGCUUGCUUCAUUGAGAUCUUUACCUGCUCUAUGGAUUAUAUAGCGUCAAUUUAAUGCCGAAAUUAACUGAAAUAUAUGUAUAGGAAAAAGUUCGUCCACUUUGAAGAAUUAUUGCCGUGCAAUGGUCGUUUGUAGGAUCAUAGUGUGGGUUCCGUAACUUCAACAGUGCAGUCCGGGUGAAACCCCCUACUAAACGACGUCACUUCUGGCAUUGCGGGAAUAGCUUGCAAUGCAGGAGCUUUUUAUUUGUGUAAUGUGAACUCGUGUACUGUGAAUAUCACAUAUUUCUGUCUUCCAUGGUAAUAGAAACCUAUUUGGACUGCGGAUACUUUCUUAGGAGCGUACCUACCGAAGUUGUAAUCGGUGGUGCCUUGAUUGCGUUGGAUCGUAGCAGGACGUUAUACCUAAAAUUGAUCUGCAAAUCCUCCUACAAUUUAGGUGUUACUCAUGAUUGAUAGGCUAACUCAUCAACUGCAGUACUGCUGACCACUUCAACGUAUAUGUUAUGAGGUACUUCAAUACCUCGACUUGUUAACACGUAAUAACACCCACAAGCAUUUAUUUCGUCUGUUUAAUCUACGCCUUGGUAUCUUCAAUUUAGUCGAGAUGCUGAUGUGUCCCUCAUGCCUCCACGAGAUGCCACUCCCGUCGGCAGUGGCAGCGACGCUGUCUUCCUCUGGCGUGACUGCUUCCAUAGCGCAGGGUAGCGCGCUCCCGCGGUCUUCGGCGUCCGAUUUAAGAACUUCAGUGUGCCCGAAUUCAUCGUCCAAAAGUUCGUCGUGUCCAUGCGACAAGCCACUAUUGUCUUCACUCCUGAGUCCUCCAUGUGGUAUCACGCAAACUGGCCACACAUCCAAGACUUGCCAUGUCACGCCCAUGUGUCGAUCAAGGGCGCCUUGCCAUGUGACGCCGUACGUUUGUGGUUGUGCCCUGAGUCGUUCGCAGUCUGCAUGCCAAGGCCCACAGACGACCCUUAGUCCGGCAGUUACGUCUUCUGCGUCCAGGUCCUGUCGAGUUCUUAAUUGCCCUGCUAGCAUAGAUGCAAAUAUCAACGUUGAUCACAAUACAACUUGCGUCCAUGCUGACCUUCGGGUGAACAUAUCAACACCUUCUAAUAUUUCUAAUCAAAACUUGAAUGCAAAUGUCACUCGUUCUUUGCGUGGUGGAUGUGAAGCUCCGGUUACUGUUCCCUGUCUUUCUGGAAAUUGUUUGAAGAGCCCGUCUGAAAAGGAUAAUAUCGACAUCACUAAAACAAAGCUAGCCAGUCUAUGUUCAUGCCCAACAUCGCCUUCAACUCCUUUGAACAAAAGUAAUACAUGGCCCUCGAAUAAUAUUAGUCACUUGAAUACCAAAGAACUCUCAGAAGAAAACGCUACCACUGUGAAGCAUUGUUGUGGCUGCAUAUGUCCAUGCUACGGAAUGUGUUUAUUGCAUGCAUCAGUUUCCAAUUCCAACCAUGUAUGUCAAAAUCACCCGGAAACUCCGCAUAAUUGUUCUUUUAAUCACACCACAUGUUCUGAUUCGAAUAAUUGUGACGGCCGUGUUCCCUUAACUAGGCAAAUCUCUUGUCCAAACACGAACCCUUUAACUUCACGCAUUUCGUGCCCUUGUCAACUUCAACUACAGCAAUCGUUUCAAGCGACGCAAACGUCUUUCGACGCACCUGCCAACGAUCUACCUUUUAACUUCUCCCAGCGUCGAGGGUCUUCUCACUUAUUUUCACCUGAACUUAAUUGUUCUUCGUCAGUAAACAAUUCUGGCCUUUCGGUCACAUCUCGAAGCCAAGCUGGAAAUUUUGUAGUUUUCAAUUCUAUGUGUGGAGGUGGAUUAGUGACAGAAAACCCUCCUCAGCCAUCUCGGUCUUCUUCCCCUGAACUGAAAUUUACAUUUUCUGUACCUUUAACUGGUUGUUUUCAGUCUCAGUCUGGGUCCACUUCCCCUUCUCAAUCAAGUACUAAUCACACGAUAAGUUUUGAUCGGAACGCUCUAAUGCAAACUCUGGCUUCUUUGUCCACCAUACCUGUUACUUCAAAUGCUGCAUUCUCUGUCCCUAAUGCGAGUUCCUGUGGAUCUGAGCCUAAUUCAGCCCAGACAUCGCAGGGGGAGAGUCUUUCUUUCCAGAACAUUUCGUCGAGAUCGUUUCCGACGAGCACUUCGUAUCCCUGUUCUCUAUCCUCAUCUUCUUCCACGUCUCCUUCUCCUGUGUCUUUCGAUACAAAUUCUUCAUUUUGUUCCGGGUGUAAUUCGCAUGUUCGUGAAAGGCAUAGCUCUCAUUGCAACCAUUUGCAUCAACAUGGCAAUGACUUCAAUCGUAACUGCUCUGACGAAUUGUGCAAAGUUAGCGAAACCACAAACCACUUCAUUACCUCCAUCAAUAAUAUUGUUAUGACAUCUCCCGUUGUUCCUGCUACUCCUUCAGCAAGUGCACUCCCAGAACGCCGUCUUAAUCGACCAUGGACAUCGACUGAUGAUUCCAUAGUUCUACAACGAGCCCGAGCUGAACUAGAGGAAUGCGGUUGGUAUUACGGUGGUCUGACGUGGAAAGAAGCAGGUUCAGUUCUUGCUGGUUCCUCGGAGGGUUCGUUUUUGGUUCGUGACUCCUGGAGCGGCCGUUGCCUGUAUGCACUGAGCCUGCAAACAGCGAGAGGCCCAACUAGCGUAAGAAUCGAGUACGAGAGUGGCAAGUUUCGGCUGGAGAGUGAAACCAGUGCAAGAGAUGGUGUCCCUCAGCGGUCCAGCGUUGUGGCAUUGGUGCAGGCAUACACCCAGACCAGCCACCCUGCUCAUGUGUGGGUGGAUCACUCCGGGCAAACUGUGAGCGCAAUAUCCGUCAAGAAACCAUUGAGGAAAAAUCCUCCGUCUCUGCAGCAUUUGUCUCGCCUGGCUUACAAUGCAUCUCCAGUCAAAGUCAGCCUACUCGACUCCAGAAUUCCUACUUUACUCAAAACUUAUCUCGAGUCUUACCCACACGCUUGCUGACUACUCUAUUCUCGUAUUAACCUAAAGAAGCAAAGAAUUAUUCAAUAUUGUAUCUGUCUCCACAUAUCUUUAACCUGGUAAGCUUCAUUGUCUUAUUUAUUUGAAUCUUCUCUAUUCUACUUAUGGAAGAGAGAUAUCUUUCUUAAUGUAAGAUUUUCAUGUGCGCCUAUGUCAAGGGGUAGAAUUUUCAUGCUUGUUUUAAGAAAAUUCUAGUUUUUCUUACAAUAAUAUUGUUCCUCCAGUCCAGAAAUUUAAAGGCAGUAAAUAAUCGUUUUUAUACAUUGUGUUAUUCUUGGACUCUAAAAAGUUGUAGGUAAUUGCCCAUGUAUUAUAUACGAAAUAACCUUACUACAUUAUACCUUAUACCCACGUACUCUACCCGCUAGGGUCCUGACUUGCCUAUUGAUCGUACCGUAGAUAAAAAAAUCAUUUUAUGAUUUGUUGCUAAAUAAAGUUUUAGCAAACUUGCUUUAUUCGCUUUUCCGGUCAACUUCGCACCAUGUAUCGUUAGCCAAAUUUGUUUACCAUUUGAGCUGUAACCUUUCAGUAAAUAAUUUUGUAUCGCAUUGAGUAAAAAGUAGCAAGAGUGGGGUAAUUUUAUAAGCAAUUUUCAUUCAGAUUAAAGUAAUAUAAAUUAUCAUGUGUCAGGUGCUGAUAGCAAUCGUGCUGCCUUGAUGUUUCUCAAGUUGUGCAAUCUUCCAUUUAGUUACGUAGCAGCGCUAUAUUUAUUUCCAUGUUGUCUUCCGUGUACUUAAGAUACAUCGUUGCUCGUUUCAAUUAAAUUUGUUUCCCCGCUAGGGAUAUUGUCGAAAUUAAACUUUUAAAUGUGCCCAUUUCUCUUUUCGUAACUUUGAUGCUGAAUAUUGGUUCAUUUUUCUUCUGAUAAUAUCGGCUCGAUAAUAUCAUUUGUCCGCGGGCUUAUAAUGUACCUUAUUCCUGUUAAAAUUUUCCCAUAGAUCCAUGUCAUUUGGUUUCAUGUUCACUGACGUAUUUACAAAUGCAACUUUAUAGGCUGUUCUGUAGGCUGCAAUGUUAUUCUCGUCGUAAGUGAAGCCUUGUAGCAAUUUCUAAAUAUGGUACGCUUGUUGUGAUCACGUUUAUAAAAUUCAAUGGUCAAAAUUCAUCGCAGAAAUGGUUCAGACUAACUUCUCGAUUCACCAAUCGAAUAUUCAAAAAUGUUCUCAGUGUAGGGUGUUUGAUUAACAGGCUGGUAGAAACGAAUGUUGAGCCAACGAUAACUCCAAUAGGUACGAUGUGGUAUGAGUUUACAUUCUAACAUACGCACAAGACAUAAGUGCCAAAAAUGACGAGAUCAUGUCGAUGCAAGUUUGCCGUUUCGUUCUGCUAACGUGGUGCUAUAGUAACGAUGAUAUUAUUCUUAACCGUGCAUGGUUUUAAGCUGCACGCAAACUUGCUACUGUAUCAUCUGAUUAGGCAGUGUAAAUCAAUUGUACCUUCGCAGUUAAUUCCAUUGCAGUAAGAAGAUAUAGUUGAAAUUAAUUAUUUUUGAAACUCUGCGUUAAAAUCAACGAAGAUUUUGACCUACUCGAACCUACUCGAUGAGUAAGUUGGGAUUGCCUUUAUUCAAUUGCGAAUAUUGUUUCUUUACUUAUGACACCUGAAUGCUUGAACUUGAACUGUAACGUUAGUCCUUGAAUUGAUGGCGGUAAUAUUAAGCAUAUGAUAUUCACGCACCUUACGAGCUUGGAAUCCAAUGCUGUCAAUUACAAAGUUGCGGCGAAAGAAAAACAAUUGAGGAAUGGGGCUGUAAAUGGGGAUACGAUGCAAACUACAGGGCUGACCUUCGUUGCUUCCUAUGUCUUUUGAUUAACGCGAAAUCGGUAAUUUUGGACGUUAAUCAGUUUUCUCUUGAAAAUUUCUAAGACACAUUGACUGUUGUUAGCAAUUAAACUCUAUUGAUUGUUUCAUGCAUUACAACGAUGGUCACUUCGAGGUUCCUAUUGGUCAUAUCAACUUUGAAUUAUUUGUACAUCUCUGGCAUGUUGCCAGGAUGUUAUAUAGUUUAGUUGUCCGUUGAUUUCAAUCGAAAGCUUAACACAGGAUUUAGCGAAGAGCUCCUCGGUGUGAACUGUUUUGGCGUGUAUCGGCAAUUGCUAGAUAAGGUUUCUUCUUUUAUGCGCUUCCACGGUGAAUUCGUAAAAGCGCUCAAAAUUCCGAGGUGCGAAAUUUAUUUUUCAGUUUGUUAGACCGCUGUCGCCAGCAACUUUAUGAUGAAGAUUGCGAGACAUAAUUUUCGUGUCGUGUUGAAUUUUUACCAUAAAAUUCGAAUCUUCAAAUCCCAUAAACUCUUUACCUAAGUUUUUGCAAUGCAAGUAACGCUUGAGUUGCAAGAAAUUCAAAUGUGUUACUGCAUGGCAAAUAUUUAGUACCUGUAUUGUGCAUAACUCGGGGCUUUUUCAUACAUGGUAUUUUCUUAAAUAUGUGCCCUCUAAAAUCACUGUUUUGUUGGGCUGCCUCGACUUUGUAAACGAAGCCGAUGAUUCUGAGCUGCAGGAAAUUGUUAUUCACCGCUGCAAGAAUUCCUAAUCAUUGACUUCCUACGUACUCUGACGUAAAGAGUCUGAGCUAUUAUUGCAAAGCUUGUAGAUUUUCUGUGUUGUUGUUGAGUCGUCUGUGCUAAAACUACGAAUUCCUAGAGGACUGAUCCAUUUAAAAGAACUUGAGUUUGACAUUGCUCUCAUGUAAGUUUUAUAUGAUGAUUACAAUAUAUAUUUUUUGAUGUA